AUGAGUAACUUACCGGUAAUUGCUUCGCAGUUCGAUCCUAGAGGUGAGAGUUUUGCAUACGUGAGCGUAGCUCUCGAUAGACACCGAAUUGGUGUCGAAUCCGUGUCGCAAAGUGGAAUUGCCAGGUCCGUGGGACUCGAGGCUCGGUCUUUGGUGCUCGAGAGCUCACAACUGCGUGUUACGGCGCUGCAGUGGGUUGGUAAAGAUGCACAAGAGGUACAGAAUGUGGCGGUGGGGUUGAAUAACGGUGAAAUUUGGAUUUACGCACCUGCAGCGAACCAAAUUGUGAGCAAGCUUGCUAGCGGCAGUGCGCACGCGGUGCGCGACAUAGACACUUUUAGAGAUACCCUGUGGUCGUGCGAUGCCGACGAUACUUUGUACAGAUUCAGUUUGGUUGAUUUCACGCUACAGACGCACUUCAAGGUCGAGGGAUGUUCAGAUUUGCAAAAACUAUGCAUUAUUGGGCCUGAACGGGUGCUGGUUGCGUCCCACGCGGUUUCGCUGGUUGAUACUGUUGCAAAGCAAGUGGUGCGCACAUAUCCGGGCCACGUGUCCAGUGUCACCCACCUACAAAUGCUGUCGGAGGAGUGUUUUUUGACUGCUGCCGCCAUGGAUCGUUUCGUUAAUGUUUAUAACACGGAAACGGGUGCCACGCGAUCUGUGCUGGUAGCGCAGUCCAACGUGGUACAGGUGAGCCAUUUCCAGGACAAAACAGUUGCUGUAACGACGGAGGACGGCGCCCUGGAAGUGUUUCCGGACGCACUAGUGCACGUAAGCAACAAGAAGCGGAAAGUUAUGUCCAAACACUCGUCGAGUCUCAUUAAGAUCGCUAGGCCGCAGUCUGCGGAGGCCCUUCCCGUGUUGAACGCGGCUCUUUCUGCGGACGUGCUGACUUAUUGUUGGCUGGAAGCGGCCACAUUGCCCUACUUUGACAAGCUCCAAUGGAGGGACCUGGGCGCCACUGAGAUCAUAGAGAAGGCUCGACCCUCAGCAAAGUCUACAAUGCACAAGUCCACCUACGGCGAUGAUGUGGCGGCUGCCACGUCGUACGCGGAGGGGAACGCUACGGUCACGUCAGGUGACAACUUCAAGUACGUGACGGAAGCCAUUGCUGAGGUAGAGCGUGAGGGAGGUGAGGAAGAGUCACUGGCAGACAUGUUGGAGUCCGCGAAUUUGCAGAGCAAGAGCUCUUUGUCUAAGCGUGCCAAGAAGAAAGCGACCAUGGGUACGUUGAGCGUGGUACUAUCGCAGGCGUUACAGUCGAACGACCAUUCGCUGAUGGAAAGCGUACUGAACAACCGGGACGAAAAAGUUAUAAAGGGCACGAUAACACGUUUGCAACCUGUGUUGGCUGUCGUUCUACUCGAACGUCUUGCGGAACGCAUUGCCAGGCAAACGAAUAGACAAGGUCCUUUGAAUGUGUGGGUGAAAUGGUGUUUGAUCAUCCACGGAGGCUAUUUAGCGCGUAUGCCAAACCUCACCUCCAGUUUGGCGUCGCUGCAUUCGACGCUGCGUAAAAGAUGCGAGCUGCUGCCACGUCUCAAGGUCUUGGAGACGAGGCUAGAGUGCGCCAUCAAUCAGAUUUCCGUCUUAAGCGUCUCUGACACCGAUUUGGCGAAUGGCCAUUUUAUACCAGAGGAGAACGAAGAUGAAGUCGAGUACAACGAAGAACUCGACGACGCGGGGCUCAUCGAGGACGGCGAGCUUGAUAUCGCUUCUGAAGACGAAGACGCAGAGUUCAGCUCAGAGGAAUUAGCGGACGGUUCUCGUACGGCUAACGGCGAGAAUCUGGCCUCCGGUAACGAGAGCGAUGUCGAUGCCGACGAAGAAGGUUACAGCGACGUCGAAGUUAACUGA